AUGUUGAUAUAUUCAGAACCAGCAUCACCUUCAAGCAUAUACUCUGACGAAGAAAUAAUAACUCGUACCAUGGGAGAUAUUAAGGAUUAUGAUACUGAGAAACUUAUUAAUUAUUUAAAUAGGAAUAAUUUGAAACUUAAGAAUUCUCAUUUUGCAAUUCUUCGUAAACAAGAAAUAACUG